AAGAGAAGGAGAGAGAUGGGGAGGAGGUAGAGGGGGUGAGAGAAGAGAUGGUGUAGGAGACAGACAGGGGAGGAAUGGAGGGAGAUCAAAUUCUACAGGCAGAGUCGGAACACCACAGGGCCAUGGACUGGGCUAUAAAACAAUGGAAGAACUCUCUGGAAAAGACCCGUCUGUAGUGGCCAUCACCCUGUCCUGUAACCCUGCCCUACAAGAUGUCCUGAGUGGGACAACAAUGAGGCAGGACCUUGUCGAACUCCUCUGCCUGGUGCUGAGUAAAGCCUUCAAAUCACGGACAGACAGAGGCACCCUACAGCACUUGGCUGGCAUCAUAAAAGACUCAGGGUUCUUCCGCACCAUCCUUCCCCACUAUCUGGUGGGCAUGGAGUCAGAGUUCAAUCUCGUCCGCAGGGCACAAUACCCACGACAUCUGGAAAACAUCCUGGCUAUUCUGUCAGAGGUCCUCAGCAUCUUCCCUGCUAGCUCUGUCCAGGCAGUGAGUUUGCUGCUGACGCUGCUCCAAGCCUCCAUCAACAGCCUGAGGGCAUCUGGAGUGGACAUCCAGCCUCAAAUGGAGGAGAGUGUGGAGAGUGUUCAGGGCCUGAUCAGGCACCUCCAGGAGAAAUCCAGGGAGGGUACCCUGCGCUCAGACAGGGACACUUAUGCCCUCCUACCCACUGGACGUGAUAACCCAGGUGAAGAAGAGCAGCAAGAUUUCAGGACCAUACCCAUCUACCCAACUCGUGAGGAGUUCCAUCAGGACCACAGGCCCUUCCUUAGACCCAACCUCACCUCUCAGCGCUACACAAACACCCAUCUCUACCUUGACACGCACUUCCGGCUGCUGAGAGAGAGGACUUUGUGCCGGCCACUCCGUGAGGGGAUCCAGCAAUUGCUUCGGAACCAAAUGGGAAGAGAAGGAGGAAGGAGUGAUAAUUCACUGAAGACGAAGCGCUUUGAUGAUAUCAGAGUAUAUUUUGACACAAAACUGGUGGUACCCAAGUGCACGCCGACUGGACUCGCCUACAUAGUCCAGUUUGACAUUCAGCCACUUAAGUUUGUGCGCUGGCAGAACUCCAAGAGGCUGAUCUAUGGUUCCCUGGUCUGCCUGUCGUGUGAUAAUUUUGAGAGCUUCUUGUUUGCCACAGUGUCAGAUCGGGAUCCCAAUAGCCUGCAGAGAGGACAGGUCCAGAUUACCUUUACUGAAGAAAGCAGAUUCAAGUUGGCCAGAAUUCAGAAAGGUCAAUUAUUCCUGAUGAUUGAGACCACUGCCUACUUUGAGGCCUAUCGGUAUGUUCUAGAGGGCCUACAGGAGCAGGAGGAGGACAGCAUGCCCUUUCAGAGGUACAUCGUGGAGUGCAGCACAGAUGUGCAACCCCCAGCUUAUCUGCAAAGAAGAGAUAUCUAUGACCUGUCAUCCAUUGCUGACCCUGACUAUAAGGACAGUAUACGGCCCUUUCACAGCCUGGAGGAAGAGGCCUGGCCGAGAAUGGAGGAGCUGGGGCUGGAUGAGUCCCAGAUGAGAGCCUUCCAGCUGGCCCUCACGAAGGAGCUGACCAUCAUACAGGGGCCUCCUGGCACUGGAAAAACCUACGUUGGCCUUAAGAUUGCUCAGGCUCUGUUGACCAAUCAGGAUCUUUGGAGAGACAGAUUUGGUACGGCUCCGAUGCUGGUAGUGUGUUACACUAACCAUGCCCUGGAUCAGUUCCUUGAGGGUAUUCAUACAUUUCUGCAAGAGGGCAUAGUGAGAGUAGGAGGCCGCAGCAACAGUGAGAUCCUGAAGCGUUUCAAUCUAAGGGAGCUGACUCACUCACAUGACUUCAGACGUACGCUGCCGUCUCACCUGCGAUACGCAUAUAGUGAGAUUUACAAGCAGCUGUGUCAGGAGGAGAGGGGCAUUCAGAGUCAGAGUAUGAGGCUGGAGUGUUCUCUGAAAGGCGUCCUGCGAGAAAGCUUCUUAGAGAAGUUCAUUUCAGACAUACACUGGGACAGUCUGCACCUACCACCUACACAGGAUGGUUUUGAGACCUGGAGUGAGAAGAAGUCCAGUCUGAUAAUGGAGUGGUUGGGUUUGGGUUCCACCGUCUUCCUGCAGAGGGAGACAGAGAAUGCAAAUAGAAAUGAAGAUGUAGCAGUGGCAGAAGUGAUGGAGCUGGAAGAAGAGGACCUCAUUGAAAUCGCAGAGGAAGCAGAUCUGCUCCAGGUAGAGUGGAUUAUUGAAGACAACAUUGGUCCCAGAGGUGGUAGAGAUGGCAGAAAGAAGGGAGACAUGGAGGAAGCUGUCAGAGCAGUAGAAGAACUAAUGCUGGCUAUGAACCUGGAUAAAGCUGAAAUUCAGGCUGAGCAGAGCGAGGAAGGAUGGGAGAUCCAACAGGACCAGAAGAGAAAGAAGAAGAACAGAAUCAGGAAAGAGCUGGGGAAGAGCUCGGCUAUGACUGACAAAGAGGAAGAUGCUGUCUUGGAUAUUUGGACUCCAAGCCUUCCAGACAGAUGGAGACUCUAUCGGUUGUGGGUGGCACGCUACAGGGUAGAACUUUGCACCAGAGUCCUAGAGUCUGAACAGGCCUAUCAGAAUGCAGUAGACAGAUUGGCUGAUGUAAAACGUCAGGAGAACCUCUGUCUCCUCAAGGAAGCCACGGUUAUUGGCAUGACAACAACAGGGGCGGCCAAGUUCUGUAAAGUUCUGCAGGAAGUUCGUCCACAUCUGGUGAUUGUAGAAGAGGCUGCAGAGGUGCUCGAGGCCCACACCAUCACCACAUUGAGUGAAGCAUGUCAACACCUCAUCCUCAUCCCAGACCACCAGCAGCUGUGCCCCAGUGCCACAGUAUAUGAACUUGCUAAGAACUUCCACCUGGAGAUGUCCAUGUUUGAGAGGCUGGUGAAGAGUUAUGUCAGACUCAACUACCAGCAUCGUAUGAGGCCAGACAUUGCCUGUCUUUUGACCCCACACAUCUACUCAGAGCUGGAAAACCAUCCCUCUGUGUUGAACUAUGAGAGCAUCAAGAGCAUUAAUACCAAUUUAUUCUUUGUGGAGCACAACUACCCAGAAGAAGAGAUCAAAGAUGGGAGAAGCCAUCAGAACCGACAUGAGGCGAUGUUUGUAGUCGCUCUUUGCCGCUAUCUUCUCUUUCAAGACUACAAACCAGAGCAAAUUACUAUCCUCACGACCUAUACCGGCCAGCUCCACUGUCUGCGCAAACUUAUGCCUGCCAGCCAGUUCACAGGGGUCAAAGUGCAUGUAGUGGACAAGUACCAGGGAGAAGAGAAUGACAUUGUCUUGUUGUCUCUGGUCCGCAGCAACCUACAGGGUAAAGUUGGCUUUUUGAACAUUCCCAAUCGAGUCUGUGUAGCCUUGUCUCGUGCCAAGAAAGGUCUCUACUGUAUUGGCAACAGUGCAAUGCUGGGCCAAGUCAAACUGUGGAGCAACAUCUUCUACACCUUGAGGCAGAAGGACCAGGUUGGGAAUGCUCUGACCCUGUGCUGUCAGAAUCAUCCAAAUCGACAGCUAAAAGUUUCAAAUGUUGAUGAUUUCAAACAAGCCCCUGAGGGGGGCUGCACCCAGCCUUGCGAGUUCCGUUUGGAUUGUGGUCAUGUUUGCUCAAGAGUCUGCCACCCCUACGACCCUGAGCACAAGGAGUACAAGUGUGGCAAGAAGUGCCAGAAGAUUUUAUGUGAUCGGGGACACAGGUGCACACUUGUGUGCCAUAAAGCAUGCCCAGAGAAAUGUCCAGUGAAGGUUGAGAAGAUCAUACCCCAGUGUCAACACACACACAUGGUUCCUUGCCAUUUGUAUGCC